CAGCUAAAUAGCUAAUCCAGAAUGUUCGAAACCUUUCCUCUUAAACCCUAAACCCUUACCUCUCAUGUCCAUUUCCUGGAGUCUAUACGGACAGCGAGGAGAGAGAAAACCCCUAAACCACAUAAUUGCUGCUCUUGUUCGUCUUCUCUAGCUUCACAGAUCUAAGCUCUACUUCUGCCUAUCAUGGCUACCGUUCUUCGUCGAUGUCUUCGCCACGAUCAAUUACGUUAUGUUUCUGCUUUCACUCGGUUGGCUGGGAAUUCUAAUACAGCUAGCCCAUAUAUGUCUCAAAGAUUAUGGAGUUUGACUAGGCCUUUUUGUUCGCGACCUGUAGGUAAUGAUGUGAUUGGUAUUGACUUGGGUACCACCAACUCCUGUGUUGCGGUGAUGGAAGGGAAGAAUCCUAAAGUAAUUGAGAAUGCGGAAGGUGCUAGAACUACACCAUCCAUUGUUGCCUUCAACCAAAAGGGUGAGCUGCUGGUUGGUACCCCAGCUAAGCGUCAAGCUGUAACCAACCCCUCGAACACCCUUUAUGCGAUCAAGCGUCUUAUUGGUAGACGUUUUGAUGAUCCCCAAACUCAGAAGGAAAUGAAGAUGGUUCCCUUUAAGAUUGUCCGGGCUCCAAACGGAGAUGCUUGGGUUGAAGCUAACGGGCAACAAUAUUCUCCUAGUCAAAUUGGAGCCUUUGUUUUGACCAAAAUGAAGGAGACUGCAGAGGCUUACCUUGGAAAAACAGUUACCAAGGCCGUUGUAACCGUUCCAGCUUACUUCAAUGAUGCUCAGAGACAAGCAACAAAAGAUGCUGGGAGAAUUGCAGGACUGGAUGUUCAGAGAAUUAUUAAUGAACCCACUGCUGCUGCUCUUUCUUAUGGGUCAACUAACAAGGAGGGUCUUAUUGCAGUUUUUGAUCUUGGUGGUGGAACUUUUGAUGUUUCUAUCCUUGAAAUCUCCAAUGGUGUAUUUGAGGUAAAAGCUACCAAUGGUGACACAUUUUUGGGAGGAGAGGACUUUGACAACACUUUGUUGGAGUUCUUGGUGGCCGAGUUUAAGAAAACUGAGGGUAUUGAUCUGAGCAAGGAUCGUCUUGCCCUGCAAAGGCUUCGUGAAGCAGCUGAGAAAGCAAAGAUUGAGCUUUCAUCAACAUCUCAGACGGACAUCAGUCUCCCCUUCAUCAGUGCAGACUCUUCUGGAGCUAAGCACUUGAACAUCACGCUCACUAGGUCAAAGUUUGAGAGCCUUGUAGGGCACUUGAUAGAGAGAACUCGUGGUCCUUGUAAAAAUUGUUUGAAGGAUGCUGGGGUUUCUCUCACCGAAGUCAAUGAGGUUCUUCUUGUUGGUGGUAUGACACGUGUGCCUAAAGUUCAAGAGAUAGUUCAGGAAAUCUUUGGGAAAACUCCAAGCAAAGGAGUUAACCCUGAUGAAGCUGUUGCUAUGGGUGCUGCAAUCCAGGGCGGUAUAUUACGUGGUGAUGUCAAGGAGUUGCUUCUAUUGGAUGUCACUCCACUUUCUCUUGGUAUUGAAACGCUUGGUGGUGUUUUCACUAGGUUGAUCAACAGAAAUACAACCAUUCCAACUAAGAAGAGCCAGGUAUUCUCAACUGCUGCCGACAACCAGACUCAAGUGGGUAUCAAGGUACUCCAAGGUGAACGUGAGAUGGCUUCUGACAACAAAAUGCUUGGUGAGUUUGAACUCCAGGGCAUCCCACCUGCUCCAAGAGGUCUUCCUCAAAUCGAAGUGACUUUUGACAUUGAUGCCAACGGCAUUGUCACCGUCUCUGCCAAGGAUAAGUCCACCGGUAAAGAGCAGCAAAUCACAAUCAAGUCCUCAAGUGGUCUUUCAGAAGAUGAAAUCGAGAAAAUGGUGAAGGAGGCCGAGAUCCAUGCCCAGAAGGAUCAAGAAAGGAAGAAUCUCAUUGACACCAGAAACACAGCAGACACAACUAUCUACAGUAUUGAGAAGUCUCUUAAUGAGUACAGGGAAAAGAUCCCCAGUGAAAUUUCCAAAGAAAUUGAGGAUGCUGUGUCGGAUUUGAGAAGUGCCAUGCAGGGUGAGAACGUUAACGAGAUCAAAGAAAAGACUGACGCUGCUAACAAGGCUGUGUCAAAGAUUGGACAACAUAUGUCUGGUGGUUCUGGCGGUGAUGCGGGCGGUAGUUCUUCUUCGUCAAGCGGUGAUCAAACCCCUGAAGCCGAGUAUGAAGAGGCCAAAAAGUAGAUGACUAAAAUGAUUGUUGGUUCUAAAUUUAUAAUCACAUUUGUCCAUUCAAAUAAUUGUAACAAAAAAUUCUCCCCAAAUUAUGUUUGGGUUGUUUGGGUUUUCGUAGCUACUCAUGGCGAGAGAUGUUAUCACUGUAACAAGGUAGGUAAUUUUGGCAAGAAAGGUGAGAAAGUUAUUUUCUUUAAUACUUUCUCGGUUCUUUUGGUUUCUUAAAUUUUGCAAUAACAAACUAAUUUUGACGUAA